AUGCCAGUUGUUGACGAAUCACGUUACAGAUAUGUUUGUUGGCCGUUGCAGCGUCUAUUUGUGGGGAUAAAAGACAGGUUCUGGGGUUUCGCUGGAGUUAUAUGUUCGUCGCCACGCACGCCGAAUGAUUUGGAGAGUGACAUAGACUUCUCCGUAUAUUCUCUGAGCAGUGACCUGGACCUUGAUUUUGGAUUUCGAGGCACAGCAAAGCCGGUCGCACCGACGGAUAGUGCGGUCAAGCUCCAAGUCCCAGAUGGACGAGUUGUGGAGUCGUUGCUCGUGCUCACAGCCAAAUCAAUCGCUUCGCUUUUCCCGUUCGAAGUUGUGGAGUCCAGUCCUUUGCUCAUCCCCGAAGAGUUGCAACGGUUAAUUGCUUUUUACAGCUUUCCUACUGACGAAGACGAUAUCUGGCUCUAUUCCUGUCUCAGCAGUGGUGGUUCCUAUGAAUUCGAUCAAGGUGAAGCGCUUUGGGCGGACAAGGCUGUAAAGGAAUGUGUACAGAUUGGUUUUCAUUUGAGCGCCAAGGUUCUGACCAGUCUACACAUUGCGCUCCCUCAUGUUAGUCAUGCGAACGAAGAUGAGCGGGAAACGGGCACCAACCCUCCUGCGUCGUCAGCAAACUUUGAACCCUUUCACCUUAACUGGGAUCCUCCACCGAAUUCGAAUCGUCCACAACUCGAGGCGAAUUUGUCCGGCAACACUGUCAGACCAACUGAACAGCUCCAUCAUCCAGGUGUCAAUAUUGAACCCGGCUAUCCAGCCCAUCGGGUUUCGCUCACUUUUGAUAGAGGGCGUAUUACUUCCUGCUCUUGCACUUGCACCUUCGAUGUUGAGGAUGGAUGUGCUAACUUCACACCCCACCGAGAUGUUCUCGAAGAAAGAGGUGGACAUGAUUCCUUUCCCGAUGCGGGUCCUCCCACUCGUACGCGAACCCAACCCUCCAAUAGCUUCUCCUACCAACCAAUGUUUGCUGCUGAUUCUGCUGAGUCAGAUCGAGGGCGAGGCAUCAUUAUGGGUUCGUUUAACAACAACGCUAGCAGCCAUCAAAGCACAACUGGCAGUCGACCCUUAAACCCAGUACGGUUUGGCUUAGUUCGUCCAGGUUUGCGUUCCCACCAAACUACGGUGUAUCAACAGCAUCCUCGGAUCAAUGUUAGUGUUCAGCGAUCAAACUUAACCGGUGAACCAUCGACCACCAAUCCGUUUCGCAGUUUAGCCUUUCCGUCUGGUUGCAGUCCGCCGUCUAGUGCUUGGUGUUCACAUGUCGUCGCUACUUGUCUCAUGCGGAUCCGACAGCCCGAUAAAGUGUUACUGCGUGCUCCCAUCUCCGAAUCCCUUUCGAAACUUAGUAAAGAGGACUUGCAGAAAUUCGCACAGAAUUUGAUUUGUCACGUUGGACCUAAAAAGAUUUUACCUGCCGCUCAGAGGAUUUUAGAUCAGCUCUUGGCUGCCACCGAUAAUCCAAUGAAGAGCUCCGUCGGCGCACCGGACCCUACUGCCGGCGGGGCUGUCGGAGAUGCGGCCGCGUGGUGUUUCGAUGGGGCUGUACUGGAAGAGAAGCUUCGACUUGCACUGCGUCGUUUUUGGGUGUCCACGCCAAGUGUCAUUUACAGUGACAUCGGGUCGCUUAAUUCCAGUUCACCUCCAGAUGUGGAGAAUUUCCACUCCGUUCUCCACUCGCUCCGGGGCAACGAUCCUGGUGGUGUUUGGGACCUGCUGUCCAUUAUUGGGGACAUGAUGCGCCGACAAGAUAACAACGGCGUGUUACUGUUAGAAAUUGUCACACGUUGCAUUAUUGACAUGCAAGAGCUGAUGUUUUGGUGGUAUCUGGUUCAGCUGAAGCCUUGCGUCCUUCCUAAAGGCAUACCAAUUUGUCAGAAACAAACCCAGUACGCGGCUCUGUGGCUUUGUGAACAGGUAGUUCAGCUUUGGCGCCUCGCGUGUUUGAAUCCGGAACUACGUCCACAGACGACUGGUCAUUUGGCCGGCCGCUUCCCGUCCGGAUCUAGUGUGAUUUCCGUGUGUAGCAGUAAAGACACAAACGCAUCGACAUCGGGGCCAGUAGGCUGCUGGCUACUACAACAGCUUAAUAGAAGGUUGAGAGCUUUCCAUAUAUUCGCAUUGGAACAAGCUGGUGUCCGAAUAGCCCAAGAACGAGAUCCACAAACAAGUCAGAAGGGCGAAGAUCCGACAGAAGCAACUACAUCAACACAAGCCAAAAACGUGCAGGAGGAGUACCAUCGAUUUAUCGGAUUUAAGCCUGCACUUGCAGCCUGCAGUCUCAACUGGCAUUCGGAUCUUCCCCCGACACAUGCCCUAUCAACUGAAGAAUUUCGUGCCUGUAUGCCUAAAUUCCUGGGCGCCCACUUGACUUGCCAAACAGCGUCUGAAGUGGGUUUGAAUUCUUCCGAUACACCUGCUACGGCGCUGUUCACAGAGUGGAUGCGAACAGCGAAGCCAGUUAGUAGCUCUAUCUUUGAGUUAUCAGAUACGUUCGAAAUGGAUCAGAACGAUAUGCCACACUUCACUGACUCUCUAUUCGCUGACUUACCAAAACCACACGAUGAAGUCGAGCUUGCAUUUGCCCGCUUCCAAGCACUGGACGCCCAUGGACAAACCAAACAGUCACUGCUUUGGGCUCGCUACGUUGCCUGUCGCCUCCUUUAUUUGAGCCCACAAUUUCUCGCCGAUUUGGAAAAAGCCACUUUCGAAGUGGUGGGCACAUCGAUAAAACCGACCAAGUCGGUUUUGAGCCAGCCAGAUUCGGGCGCGCUAGGUGAUGCUAAUUCUGAGUCAAACGUAGGUCGUGUUUAUGAUCUCAAUGCACGGCGUCAAAAGAAAGUCGCUGGAAAUACAGUUAUACAUGGCUCAUCUGCCUACAGCUCAUCGCUUCCAGCCAGUUCCCAAACAACUGGAGAGAACAGCAGGUUGAAAAAGCCGAACCCUGGAGCCGCAAUCAUUCAAGAUUACAAUGGCGUACCGGAGAAUCAGGUCAGUCAGUUACUGGACCAAAUCCGAUAUCUCAUGGAGUGCCUCACUCGCAGUUACAACGAGACUGUGUCAAAUGUGGCCAACCUUUCUUCAACCAACCGCAUCACAAGCAGUGGGCGAACUCUACUCACUUUUCGCGGGCCAGAUCCGACACUGGUGAAUCUUCAUUUGGAUGAAACCGCUUCACCUGUCGCUCAACAGUCUGGUCAGUUGAGCUUCCAAUCAAUCAAAGAUGAAUGGAUGUGUAUCGACAUCGAGCUUGCAUUCCGUUUGGGAUUCUAUGGUCUCAGCCUUCCACGACCGCCUACUCAGAGUCCAACACUCGAAGUUCGGUUGUUCGAUCAAGAAGUCGCCCUCGUUAGCCGCCUUUGUCGGUUACCACUUCAUGCGGCUUGUCCUCACGUUCUAAAGAGUAUACGUUACGAAGCCAACAUGCUAGCACGAAGUCCUCCCACCUACCACACGGACGUUAUUGUGCCUUAUAACCUGGCCGGUUACAUAUUCCAUCAGCUGGUUGGCACGCGCCCCACAUCGGAAGUGCUUGCCAGUCUCACAAAUCCCGUUCCUACCACGGGUCUGCCCGAUUCUCAUGGCUCGUUUGAUGAUGGUGGAGCGAGUGCUGACGGAGCUUCCUCCGUGACCGGUUUAAACAGAACUAGCACUUCUAGAGCCCAACAAUCGGCCGAACGCGAACCGAGUGAUUCGUCUGGAGGCGAUAAUUCAAACUCAGAUAGCAUCCAUUCAUGUCCUGUUCUCGCUACGGGUGCAAUUCUAGCUGGUCCUGAUAUUCCACUUGUAGUGAGCAGCCACCGUUGUAGGAAGGAUGCGAGAGAAUCGUGGACGAAAAGUAGCAGCUAUCUGGAAACGCUCGAUCUAGCGGCCUUGCAAGACGCCGUGGUGUCAGAUGCAGAGCUAGGUUUUUUGGUCACCUUGACGGUUAUUGGGUUGCGCUCCCGUGUUCCACAAGCCGCGUAUCCAUAUUUUAUCGAGGGUCAGUGGGCUCACCACGAUGCUUUGGUUGUUUACCUCCUGCGGCACUACCGGGACGAUGUUGCCAAAUUGGACCGAAUACUGAUCCAUCUCAUAGAUCUCCAGUACAACCCUCACUUCAAAGCACCUCCACUCUGGGCCUGUUUAUCCUUACCCCCGCGAGACCUGAUGCGGUAUGAUGUGAGCGAUCAACAACAAGCUGUGAGCCAACCCGCCCAAACUGAAAACCGUGAAGUCCACAAUACCGAGCUGCCCACUUUUGUAGACGUUCCCAACCAGUUACACACCUUAUCUUUGCAUCCCUCUGCGUCACUUCCUUUAAUGUUGUCGAACCCGGGAUUUGGCUCAGGUCACGAGCGUCAAACAGUAGACCCACUGGAUGUUGUAGUUAACCCAGUGGUAACGCACCACUCGGAACCAUCGCAGGCCGCGAAUUCAGAGGGCAUUCCCACCCAACAUGUAGCCGAAUCGACAGCUCCCACGGUAAACAAUCCAUCAAACGUAGCCGAAGCCGUGGACUCAGCAACUCUGAACUCGGGGCAAGGCUUCAGCGACUCGGCGGAGGAGGCUUCGCAGGAUCGCACUACAUCCCAGUUCAAUCCAAUCCAAUGUAACGAGACACGAAUUUAUGAUCCGUUAUCAACCAGCGAGGACACGGACACUGUGUCUGACUCCAAAACAUGGUCGGACACAUUCCGUUGCGCAGUACUACGGAAUUCGCGCAAUCGUGAGCAUCAUUCAGUCGGUUUGGCCGCCGUAGACACCAGUGCCCCUGAAACAACAAGUAGUGACAAUUCCCCAGCCGCUUGCCGGCGGCAUUUGUUGAAUCCAAAAACCAUCACGGCAGCCACCACUGGUGCAAGUAUUGGUGGACCAGCGAGUCCUCUUCCUUCUGGUCCCUCAAAUACGUUGAACAACGCACCAUCAAUACCUCAAACUCCCACUCCGGGGAUGCACGCGGAUACGGUUGUUACCCGCGGCCACCGCAAACGUAUGGCCAUUACGAUCAACCCGUCUGUUUCGGCGUUCUCUUCUUUUUCUGACGAUGACGAUGACGACGAUUAUGUCCCUGUCCGACAAGACUACCCAUACAAUACACAGGCUAGCAUGACUACGUCCAAUCUCGUACACCAGGCGACCACAACAGUCACUCCAAAUACCCACGCAAACAUACCAACAAUGCCUACUUCCCAACCGGAACCAGUUCAACUCCGUAUGCAGACCGAAAGUGACUGUCACGGUUGGCCUGCCCACAUCAAACGCCCUCCUCCCCAACCCCUGUCCGACUCAAUUGCCUUUCAUACGUUCCACCUUGCCAAGUUAGUUCGCAAACUUGCUGGAGGUCCGAGUGCCAACGGGUCCGUGUUUGUGGCUGAGCCCGAGGCCAAUGCUACGGUACACCGGAAUUUGCAGUUGGUUGCCUUUCAGAUUGGUCUCUACGGCUUGGGUGUUUACAAUGGACUUACUCCAUCCUGGCACAAUCGAACGUAUUCUCGAAACGGUGGCUGGGUCAGCCAACAAGUAUUCGAAAUCGGUCUGCCUGCUGCGUGCAUACUGUACCAUUCCUGGCAGCAACAUAUGACUGCAGCCGAACUAGCGGGAAUCGCUUUGCAGCUGUCACAUGAAAAUAAUCGAAUGCUUGUAGAUAUCGCUGUCGAGCUGUGUCUGGCAAGUCUGACCUUCUGCACUACACUCCGGCCGCAUGAAAUCUAUCGUGCUCUUGCCCAGUGUGAAGAACAUUCCAGUCAAGCGUUGGAACGUGGCUUGCUCAAGAUCGAACAGGCAGACACUCAAUCCUCUUACGGUAUAUUACCAGAGAUCCACUUUUUCCUCGCUCGUAGUUGGUUCUCCCUGCACCAAAGCGCCACUGAGGACUAUAAAAAGGCGGUUGAAAUGUCACGUGAGCAACAAAAGGAUCUAGCCAUACAGCACCAGCAGCAGGCUGUCAUAAACAGCGAAAACAUUGAUGGCGAUGCGUCCAAAUCUUCAGGCCCCACUAGUACUGCCCACACUUCUGCGGAUGGAACAACCAACUCCACCGUACAGUCAACCCCUUCAUUCGGUGCGGGUCAGUAUCCUGCUUCUUUUCCCAAUGGGAUCGAACAGAGCAGCUUCCCCAUAUCAUCUUGGUCUAUUCUUCCCCCCAGUUCUUCCCAGUCUCCUUAUAGUUCCAUAAGUUUGUCGCACCAUCUUCCAGCUUCUUUGGGAGACCAGGCCAGCCAACCGGUCUAUCGAUCAAUUUCAAUGUCUCAUGACCCGGCUCUUGGCAUUGUUCCACCCAUGUCCUCAGUCUAUCAGCCCAUGUUCUAUUAUUCAACUCUCCCUGCCAACAUGCAACAACCACAGCUUAUGGGUGACUAUGGACAAUCCCAACCGAGAAACGCCCAGUCAACACUGGGUCCAUCGCAUGGGCAAAACACGCAAUUCCACUAUGAUACACAAACGCCGCAGAUGCCACAUCCAGUCUUGAAUACGCCUGCUCAGCUGCAAUGCGUUCAGAACGGCCCGUAUCAGUUUCGGGCCAAUACUGGAAUGUCACUGCCUGGAAGCCGGAUGCCGUCCAUUCCACCGCCACCACCACACCUUACUCUGCCGCAACCAAAUUUCGCACCACCGUCGGGCUUCGUUCCCUCUAAUCCUCAGCUAGUAAAUUCAGUCAGUCAGCUUCCCAAUACAACAUAUGCCCCACAACUGCAGCCAGUUCAUGCGAACGUGUCCUCUCAGCCACAAGCGGUUCCGCCGAUAAUGCCUCAAUUCGGUGUUAUCUACCAAAUGGCGCGUGAUCAAACAGCUGGUCAUGAGCAGGCUUCAUAUACAGUGAACACUCCCGUUUCUGGCGCAGCCUCCGUCGCGGAGAAUAGCAACGGCACUGUACCACCCACUUCCUAUCCAUUUAAUGCACCAGCUAAUUUGGCUUCACUUUCAGCGGCUCGUUUUAUUGCACCUAUUGGUGGGGCUCACCACAGAUUGGCUUCUAUGAGUAACGCGUCUAGCUCUGUCGUGGUUCAUCCUGCCUCUUCUGAUCGUGCCUCAACGACAUCUGAAACGGAUUCGAGUCGACCAACGGAGUCGGUGGUUGAAGACCCGAAUGCGACCAGUAUCACCGCCGGGCAUGCACAAACUUUUACCGCGACAUCUCUGGCCGAUACCACGCUGGCUGCUUCCAGUGCAUCAACUAUUCAGGAUCUUGAGGCCAAAUCACGUCUAUACCUUCGUCGAGCCUAUCUGUGUGCAACCAGUGCUAUCAAGAAAAUCUUCCUUACACAACCCACUGGCUCCUUUGGGGCACAAAGUAGCCCGAUGCCGCCCGGACGCUCUGUUAGAGGAAGCAAACACCACCAUUCAAUGCAACAGAGACAGAAGGCGAACGCGCAACAAACUAGUGAUUUCUUCGCACCUGGCAGUGGCCUUAUCAAUUCCUCUGUAUCCUCCGAAAUCGACAGUGUCAGUGCGAUGACCUGUAACAGUGCUGGUGGUGGUGGGGCCAAUGCUCAGAUAUCCACUUCCGAAUUUGGUCGCCUUCGACUACCUAUCACUACAGACACACAAUUGGUCAAAGUGUGGGAAGUGAAUAUAUUAUGGGCACUUGACGUUGCCAGUGGAUUGGGUCCAUCUUUCGUGCACGAAUAUUGUAACUUGGUGCUUCAAUGUGUCCAACAUCCUCUACUCAUGAAACACAUAACAAACAAAGUGAUUGAGUACUUCAAGAAUCAGCCUGCGGAAUCAGGUCAAAUCGCCACGUCUACUGCGCCUGUUGAUGCACCGGCACAGGAGGGAGCUGUUAGACCAUGUCAUAUACCAAUAGAUGCCGGAAUAAAUCAGUUCUACACCUGUAUGCCUCCGAAGACAGUUCAAGGCAAUCAGAUUCAGGCUCCGUAUUAUCCUCCUGUUCAUCCACCCUUUCCGUACAUGGACGGGCGUCCGCCGUUUCCCACUACACUUCAACCUUCCGGGACCUGGUCAACACCUAAUGCUAUGAAUCAACCCAUCGAUGGAGUCCUCCCGUUCCCUUCCUCAAACUUUGCAAAUCCAUAUUCUUUAACACCCAUGUGGUCGGCCCCUUUUGGAUCUUGUUCAACCUUGACGCCGCAGCAACAACAAGAACAGUUCAGUAACAUGAUUACACUAUAUCAGCAGCUCGGUUUACAUCAAGAUCAGUUUCAGGCGAGUGCUCUGUUUCUGGAACAUCAGCGCAUGGCCGCCUGUGUCCCACCACCUCCACCAGCGGAUUCUGCAGGCCAUCCGUUCAUACAUGUUCCUUUUCAAGCCGUCGGACAUUCCGCCAGUUGGCCCGUAGUAUCCGCAGCUUCAGUUCGAUCAGGCGAACCUCUUGGCUCAAAUACCACAAUCCAUGUUCCGCCGCCUCCUCCGGCACCCACGUCCUUGUUCCCAAUGAGUGAACAAGCCUGUGCAAAACAAUCGGUCAACGGCAGAGACCUGGUUGAAAAGCUUAUCAACAGGACUCAUGCUCUGUUUCACAAGUUUAUCGAACAAAGACUUCAAUACAUCGGCCAAGGGCAAGCGGAAUGGGAUGAGUUUGUGGAUCUAAUACUGAAAGCCUACAACGUGCAUUUGAGUAUGCCUGCCACCGACUGUGGUCUCCAUUGGAACAAUCUUCUCACACGGAUACGCAGACACCACAAAUGCGGGGCAGCUCUGUGGCAACGGAUCCUCGCCGGUAUUCAAACAGCCGAUUUGAAGCGUUCAGGUUAAAGGCUCGUAUGCAGCAGAAACUAGGGCCCCCAUACUCUGGAUGCUGCUUCUGUGCAAUCCACGUGAUCUCAGUUGUCUUGCGUAUGUGUCUAUGGUACUUGGCAGCCUGUUCGUUGUCUCUCCCAUUUUAUCACUUGAGUAUCUGCUUAUAUCAAUUAAAGCCGCUAUUUUAUACUCCUGUCUACACACACACACACAAAACUCCGUUGUCUCCCUUGCUUUCACUUGUCGAAACGAUCGUUUCCAUACUUAUGUAUAUUUUUUUCAUACUCAUCGGUCUAGUUCUGUGGUCAUUCUACCAAACUUCUCUACUUUACACCCAACCUUCGCAGCUCUGAGGGCGAUCGCCUUAAUGUGCCCCUUUCAACUAUGUCUGAAUCAC